AUGUCUACGACGCCUACAACUCAUCGCGAUGUGCCACUUCAUGCUUCUAACGAGAAUAACGCAACGCACGCAGACGAAAAGGGAAUGCCUGAGGUAAUUGCGGAGAAGCCGUACAGCGUGUUCACUGCCAACGAAAAAUGGUUCAUAGUGGUCAUCAUUGCUUUUGCGGGCUUGAUGAGCCCAUUCACCGCCAAUAUAUAUUUCCCUGCAAUACCUGUUCUUGUUACGGAUUUCCACAAGUCAACCGAGUUGAUCAACUUGACUGUCACCGUCUACAUGAUUAUGCAGGGAAUUUCCCCGAUGCUAUGGGGGACAAUCGCCGACCGUGUCGGCAGAAGACCUAUAUUUCUGGCGUGCAUGACGGUGUUAACGCUGUCUUGUGUCGGCCUAGCUCUCGUACCCACAUCCGAUUAUUGGCUACUCAUGGUCUUGCGUUGCAUUCAAGCAGCCGGAUCUGCGAGCACAAUCGCCCUGGGUGCCGGCGUGGUCGCUGAUAUCGCGGAACCGUCGGAACGCGGUAGCUUCUUCGGGUUGUUUAAUAUAGGACCUAUGAUUGGCCCAUGUAUAGGACCUGUAAUCGGCGGUGCUCUGUCUGAUGGCCUUGGAUGGAGGUCGAUUUUCUGGUUUCUUUGUAUCGUAUCGGCACUGUGCUUCGUUAUCAUGCUCCUCUUCUUUCCAGAGACCCUUCGCGCCCUCGUAGGCGAUGGAAGCAUUCGUCCGCCUCCUUUGAACACGGCAUUAAUCCCGUUCAUCGGCCGUCAACAACGAUCAGCCUCAGACGGCCACCGGCCGCCACACAAGCCCUUCAUCAAUCCGUUUCGUCUCUUCACCUAUCCCGACGUCGUCGUUCUCCUCAUCUUCAAUGGCGUUAUCUAUGCUGUCUUCUACGGUGUCACAGCGUCCAUUUCUACUUUAUUCGAAGAAGCCUAUCCUUUCCUCAGUCAGACCGACGUCGGUCUGUGUUUCCUCGCUAUUGGCGGAGGCAUGCUGUUUAGCGCUGUAGGCACGGGCAAACUCCUUGACCGUGACUACCAAUUGGUUAAAGACCGUAUACUCAGAGAGAUGCGCGUGGAUCCCGAGAAGAAAGAGGACGUGAAGGCUGUGUUUGCGGAAGGCAAGUUUCCGAUUGAGAGGGCGAGGUUGAGGACGACGCCGAUCUACUCCUUCUUGUUCAUUGCAUGCGUCCUUGGCUACGGGUGGUGCUUACAGGCGAAGGUCAACAUCGCGGGACCAUUGAUUCUUCAGUUCAUCAUUGGCUACGUACUCAACGCAUCAAUGAACACCAUAUCUACAUUACUCGUUGACUUAGCCCCUUCACAAAGUGCAUCCAUAACAGCUUGUAAUAACGUCGUCCGUUGUUUCCUCGGAGCAGCAGUUGUCUCCGUCAUAGACAUCAUCUUGGUCGCCAUCGGGCCCGGAUGGACAUACGUCCUACUGGGUGGACUCUGCAUCGCAGUGUGUCCUCUACUAUAUGUUGAGAUGAGGUGGGGUCCUGUAUGGCGCGAGCGAAGACGAAAACAGAUGGCUUUGGACUCGACUAUUGACUCUUCACGAUAGAUUCUGCCUUCUGUUCUUCUGCAUCAUUACCACUAGAUCUGCAUGACGCCUCAUCCACGCUUCAAUAUAGAUAUAAUUCAUUGCUAGACUGCGCUUGUUUUCGUACCACUGUACUAUACCUCAUCUUUCUCGAC